CCAAACCCAAUACAUGAAUAUCUCAAACUCAAACCAAACCACCAUAAGCUGCGUAGAGAGCCACCCUUCCUUAACCCCUUAUCCCUAUCUCUCCCAUAAAUUCAACUUCCAAGUUUGCAUAUUUUUCACUUAAUUUUCCACACCCAAAUCAGAAAAUGCAAGUAUUGUUAUCAUCAUGCAAUUUGUGGUCACUUGGAGUGCCAACCCACAGUCACAGAGGAAGAAGAAGCAGUGUCCUCAGCCGCCGUGAGAUCUGCUUUGAUGGAAUGUCCUCUGUCUGCUCAAACGACGCCGUUUCGCCCAUCUCCAUUUCAAGCAGCACUGUUCAAGUUCAAGAUGAAACUCUGGAUUUUGGUGCAAUGCUGAGGAAGAUUGUUCUGUCUCCAACACGACGUGUGUUAGUGGUGAGCUUGACUAUGUAUUCCUGUUUGUGCUCUUCAAGGUUCUUGUCAGCUCUAGCUUUGGGAGAUCCAUCAGUGAAACUUGAAGAAGUAACCCCUCCUGUGUUUUCUUCUGGUCCACUCUUUCCAAUAGAGGAUCGAAUUGUCCAACUAUUUGAAAGAAACACAUACUCUGUUGUUAACAUCUUUGAUGUGACAUUACGUCCUCAGCUUAAUGUAACUGGUGUGGUUGAGAUUCCUGAAGGAAAUGGUUCUGGAGUAGUUUGGGAUGAGGAGGGCCACAUUGUGACAAAUUAUCAUGUAAUUGGCAAUGCCCUUUCAAGAAACCCAAAUUCUGGUGAGGUUGUUGCCCGAGUUAAUAUUCUAGCAUCAGAAGGGUUACAGAAGAAUUUUGAAGGUAGACUCAUUGGAGCUGACCGUUUAAAGGAUCUUGCUGUCUUGAAGGUAGAAGCCCCUAAAGAUAUUUUAAGGCCUAUCAAGGUGGGUCAAUCGUCAUCUCUAAAAGUUGGGCAGCAAUGUUUGGCUAUUGGAAAUCCAUUUGGCUUUGAUCACACCCUCACAGUUGGGGUUAUUAGUGGACUUAACCGAGACAUCUCUAGUCAAACUGGGGUAACAAUUGGUGGUGGUGUUCAAACUGAUGCAGCCAUAAAUCCUGGGAACAGCGGAGGUCCCCUUUUGGAUUCGAAAGGGAGCUUAAUUGGGAUUAAUACUGCAAUAUUUACUAGGACAGGGACAUCAGCUGGUGUAGGAUUUGCAAUCCCAUCUUCAACUGUAUUGCGAAUUGUUCCACAGCUGAUCCAAUUCGGAAAAGUUGUUAGAGCUGGUUUAAAUGUGGAUAUUGCGCCAGACUUAAUUGCAAACCAACUUAAUGUUCGAAAUGGAGCUCUUGUUCUUCUGGUUCCUGCAAAUAGUCUUGCUGCCAAAGCUGGGCUAAAUCCCACUACAAGGGGUUUUGCUGGGAAUAUAGUCCUUGGAGAUAUCAUUGUUGCAGUUGACAAUAAGCCUGUCAAGAGCAAAGCUGACUUGUUGAAAGCAUUGGAUGACUAUAAUGUUGGAGAUAAGGUAGUUUUGAUGAUUCAGAGGGGCAGUGAAAAGUUGGAGCUGCCUGUGGCACUGGAGGAACAAAGUUCUUGAGAUGGUUUAUAUGCAUUAAUGUGUUAUAACCCACUAAUAUAUUAUGUUGGUAGACAUGUAUUAUUUUGUACAACAAACAAAAAAGAAAAGAAGAAAGAAAUUUAUUUGUGCAGUCAGGGUCUCAUGUAGGGAAUAGAAAUAUAAAUAAUUUGCCUGAUUUUCGAAAUACUUUACUCUUGAAUUUGAUCUCAUGCAUUACAGGUUUCA